GGUAAUGCCUCCACACUAAGAAUGGAUCUGACGAGUGGUUAUUCGUCUACUGAUCGUCCUGAAAAAGUUACAAUUAUAUCUAUUUCUUUCAGUAUAAUGUCUAUUGAUAGUUUGGAUGUAGAAAAUGAACAGUUUUCUGUAAACGGGUUAUUCGUAGUCAGAUGGAGUGAUAGUCGGUUAACAUGGACACCAUCAGAUUAUGGUGAUAUUCAUUUUCAACUGAUGAAAGAAUCAAAAAUAUGGGUUCCUGCUUUCAUUGUUGAUAACUCGGUGAACGAUUUAAGUGUCAUCAGUGAUGAAUCGGUGUUAGUCAGGGCAAACUAUGAAGGAAUCAUUACAUGGUGGCCACCGGGGAUUUAUAAAAGCGCAUGUGACGCAAACAUUUUCUACUUUCCAUUUGACACACAAACAUGCCAGAUUUCGUUGACCAGUUAUGGAUACACCACACAAGAAGUAGACUUAAAUGUAUUUAAGGAUGGUAUAGAUUUAAGUCUGUACCAGCCUAACGGCGAGUGGCUCAUGCUAGCAAACGAGACCUCAAUCGACACCUUUACAAAUGCCGGUUUAGAUUUCAGACGGAUUACCUUCUCAUUUGAAAUGAAACGACGACCAGCUUUUUAUGGUGUUUUCUAUAUUUUACCAAUCCUUAUCAACUCUCUGCUCACGGUGUAUACAUUCGCCUUGACACCGGAAUCCGGAGAAAAGAUCGCGUUCUGUCUAACAAUGAUGUUGUCUUACACUGUCUUGGUCACCUUGCUCUCCGAACAACUUCCAAGUUCAGGGAAAAUAUCAAGUGUUUUGACUAUUUAUAUGGCCAUCGUAAUGGUAUUGUGUGCCAUAGCUGUACCUCUUGCUAUCUGGGUCAUUGACCUAUUUCACAGAAAAGACAGCGAACCUAUACCGAAAUGGCAGAUACAGUUUACAGAGAACGUUCUACUGAAAAUCGGGUGUCGCAAAAAGAAGAUCAGUAGACUGAAUGCUGUCGGUGCUGUAAAGAUAAAAGGAGACGAUGAAGCAAGUCCCGUCACCCCCGUCCAAGUUGUAUAUAAUGAUCAUGUUGAUCUGUACACUCCGUUAAACUGGAAAGAUUUAGCCAGUAUUUUAGACUCUGUGCUGUUCCGUGUUUAUUUUAUAACCGUUGUGUUGACCACUGUUAUCGUUUUUACAAGAAUGGUAUUAAAUAUUUAGUACUACAUGACCUUGUAUAUGAACAAAGC